UGCCCAUGCUGGUGAGAUACCCUCGGCAAAGAUAUCUGCAGGCCGCUCGCCGGCGGCGGCAUAGCCAGUCGAACUCUUGCCGGAGGUGAAACCCGAUGGAGGGGAGCAGCAGCGGCAAGCACUUCAUGCUCGUCCACGGCCUCUGCCACGGCGCGUGGUGCUGGUACAAGCUGGUGCCGAUGCUCCGCGCCGCCGGGCACCGGGUCACCGCGCUCGACAUGGCCGCGUCCGGCGCGCACCCGGCCCGCAUGGACGAGGUGGCGUCCUUCGAGGACUACUCGCGGCCGCUGCUCGACGCCGUGGCCGCGGCGCCGGCCGGCGAGAGGCUGGUCCUGGUCGGGCACAGCCUCGGCGGGCUCAACAUCGCGCUCGCCAUGGAGAGGUUCCCGUGCAAGGUCGCCGCGGCCGUGUUCCUGGCCGCGUGCAUGCCGUGCGUCGGCAGUCACAUGGGUGUCACCACGGAGGAGAUCAUGAGACGGAUCAAGCCGGAUUUCUUCAUGGACAUGAAGAGGAUGGCUCUGAACACGAGCCAGGGCCCUCGACCUGCACUCGUGUUUGGCCCGAAAUUAUUGGCAGCAAAACUGUACGACAAGAGCUCAGCUGAGGAUCGGACGCUGGCUACGAUGCUGGUGAGACCGGGGUGCCAGUUCCUAGAUGACCCCACGAUGAAGGACGAGGCGCUGCUCACCGACGCCAACUACGGGUCGGUGAAGAAGGUGUACGUGGUGGCCAUGGCCGACGCCUCAAACUCCGAGGCGAUGCAGCGCUGGAUGGUCGACGACCUGAACCCCGGCACGGAGGCCGAGGAGAUCGCCGGAGCUCUGUGGUGUCCUGCUCCGGAUCGCCGACAAGUAUGAAUGAAUUGAUUGCCCACACAGUUGAGACUUGUACAACGUAAUAUCUUCGCUGAGAGUUAAGUUGGUCCUAUAAUACAUUUUUUUUUCUCAAAUACGCACAAGCAUGCGUAUCGUAUAUUAAAGAAAGAUACAAAAGCGUUUUUAACACUCCGUACCAUAAGAUGGAGUACACCUUUUAAGAAAAACCUUGUUGUUUGUUACUACUUCUUUUCUUAGUAGGCGAUGUUUUGUGGUUGUGCACAUCUGUCUGUGAGGUUUGCGUUCGCCCUUCUUUAUCUAUAAAGGCUUGCCUUACAUGCCAGACUGAA